GACAAGCGAGGGGAACGUCAAGAGCUCAGACGACUCGAGCCGCCUGCUUGCCGAGCCCGCCGUCUCCACUUGCACAGCCCCUCCUUUUUAGGUGAAUCGAACACCCUGAUUUUGACAAGAUGUCUGAUGGUCAGGAAACUGACAAGAAUAUUGAGAUUUGGAAGAUUAAGAAGUUGAUCAAGGCACUGGAGUCUGCUAGAGGCAAUGGCACAAGCAUGAUCUCUCUCAUUAUGCCCCCACGUGAUCAAGUAUCCCGUGUGACCAAGAUGCUGGGUGAUGAAUAUGGUACUGCUUCAAAUAUCAAGAGUAGAGUCAAUCGACAAUCUGUUUUGGCUGCCAUCACAUCAGCUCAGCAGAGGCUCAAGCUGUACAACAAGGUUCCGCCAAAUGGACUUGUUCUCUACACAGGAACAAUUGUUACUGAAGAUGGCAAGGAAAAGAAAGUCACUAUUGAUUUUGAGCCAUUCAAGCCCAUCAAUGCAUCGUUAUAUCUCUGUGACAACAAAUUCCACACUGAAGCUUUGAAUGAGCUCUUGGAAUCCGAUGACAAGUUUGGCUUCAUUGUUAUGGAUGGUAAUGGAACUCUUUUUGGUACACUGAGCGGCAAUACUCGUGAGAUCCUUCACAAAUUCACUGUAGAUCUCCCAAAGAAGCAUGGAAGAGGAGGGCAGUCUGCUCUUCGUUUUGCUCGGCUUCGGAUGGAGAAGCGUCAUAACUAUGUCCGAAAGACGGCUGAACUUGCUACUCAGUUCUUCAUCAAUCCAGCUACCAGUCAGCCUAAUGUUUCUGGACUAAUUUUGGCUGGUUCUGCUGAUUUUAAAACAGAACUAAGUCAAUCUGACAUGUUUGAUCAGCGUCUUCAAGCCAAGAUACUUAAUGUUGUUGAUGUUUCAUAUGGUGGUGAGAAUGGUUUCAACCAAGCCAUUGAGUUAUCAGCUGAAAUUCUAGCAAAUGUGAAAUUCAUACAGGAGAAAAAAUUGAUUGGGAAGUACUUUGAAGAGAUUAGUCAAGAUACCGGAAAGUAUGUUUUUGGUGUUGAUGAUACCCUUAAGACUCUUGAAAUGGGUGCUGUUGAGACAUUAAUAGUGUGGGAAAACCUUGAUGUCAACAGAUAUGUCCUUAAGAACAGCGCUACCGGAGAAACUGUAAUAAAACAUCUAAACAAAGAGCAAGAAGCUGAUCAGAGCAAUUUCCGCGAUCCAUCAACCAAUGCUGAGUUAGAAGUUCAGGACAAAACAUCCCUUCUGGAGUGGUUUGCUAACGAGUACAAAAAGUUCGGAUGCACACUUGAGUUUGUUACCAACAAAUCCCAGGAGGGCUCACAGUUCUGCAGAGGCUUUGGCGGCAUUGGUGGCAUUUUGCGCUAUCAGCUGGACAUUCGUUCUUUCGAUGAGCUUUCUGAUGAUGAGGAGGGUGUCUAUGAAGACUCUGAUUAGCAAUCUCAUUAUCUAUGCUGAUGAACUGAAGAAUUCGACUGCCACAAGUUCUGAAUUUUGACAGACUAUUUAUAUUUUGAGUACUUCAAAAGAAGCUGCAUCUUUGGUUGUUCUUCCUAAAGGAAAAAAAAAAACUAGCACUGAAUUGCCGUUGUCAUGUGCUACCAAGAGUUGCAUUGGAUUGAGACUCAAUUCGUGCGUCCUUUCCCUAUU